UUUCGCCGCCGAGCUCUCCCUUGCUGGUCCGAAUUCGGUGGCGCCACGUCCGCCGGUCCCCGCCUUCUGCACCGGGGGCUGGGGCGGCUUCCGCCUGGACAUUUUCCACUCGCAGAGCAGGCCGCGUCGUGAGGGGGCCGGGACGGGGAGUCGGGCGGCUGUGCGCAUCCCGGCCACCGAAGAGGCGAAGAUGUCGGACAUCGGGGACUGGUUUAGGAGCAUCCCGACCAUCACGCGCUAUUGGUUCGCCGCCACCGUCGCGGUGCCCUUAGUCGGCAAACUCGGUCUCAUCAGCCCGGCCUAUUUCUUCCUCUGGCCCGAAGCCUUCCUCUAUCGCUUUCAGAUUUGGAGGCCAAUCACUGCCACCUUUUACUUCCCUGUGGGCCCAGGCACUGGAUUUCUUUAUUUGGUCAAUUUGUACUUCUUAUAUCAGUACUCUACUCGACUCGAAACAGGAGCUUUUGAUGGGAGGCCAGCAGACUAUUUAUUCAUGCUCCUCUUCAACUGGAUUUGCAUCGUGAUUACUGGCUUAGCAAUGGAUAUGCAGUUGCUGAUGAUUCCUCUGAUCAUGUCAGUGCUUUAUGUCUGGGCCCAGCUGAAUCGAGACAUGAUUGUGUCAUUUUGGUUUGGAACACGAUUUAAGGCUUGUUAUUUACCCUGGGUUAUCCUUGGAUUCAACUAUAUCAUUGGAGGCUCGGUCAUCAACGAGCUAAUUGGAAAUCUUGUCGGACAUCUUUAUUUCUUCCUCAUGUUCAGAUACCCCAUGGACUUGGGAGGGAGGAAUUUUCUAUCCACGCCUCAGUUUUUGUACCGUUGGCUACCCAGCAGAAGAGGAGGGGUGUCGGGGUUUGGUGUGCCCCCAGCUAGCAUGAGGCGAGCAGCCGAUCAGAACGGCGGAGGCGGUCGGCACAACUGGGGCCAGGGCUUUCGGCUCGGGGAUCAGUGAAGGAGCGGCCUCUGGCCUGCCCACCAGCCUUUCCACUCAGAUGACGUUUCCUCCCAGCUCAGGGUGACCUUCACCACUGAGUUCUAGCUGAUGCUGUUGGAUCUGACCCACACUGAAUGUAGUCUUUCAGAACAAGACAACAGUUUUUUAAAUCCUGGAAAAAAAAAAAGAGUGUUCCUCGAGUUUCAUGAUUCUCAUUCAAGUCCUUACUGCUAAGAAGAACAAAUUAUCAACUGUGCAAAUUGCAGAACUGGCCGUAUUACCAUUAUUAGUAGUAUUAUUUUUUGAUGUCUUUUUUUCCUUUUCCAUCUGAGUGAUGGGUUUUGGCAGGUCUGGCUCUGCCGGCAGCAAGCUGGGUGUCUGGCAUUGGGUCACCAGACCCCUGUCCACGGGGCUCUUACCUCUUCCUCGCACACACGUCUCCUUCCUCCCCCCCGUCACCCCCUAUUCCCAGCUAGAGGAGUCUGCCCGGAAAAUGGUUCUGCCUCUGACCAGCUCUUUAUUUAUUGACCUUUGCCACGGCUUGGCCACAGAGACCUGUUGACAACGUUUCACAGUGGCAGAACCGUAACCCUAGGGCAGAAGCCAGAGCAGUGGACGAAGAGCUUCCUUGGCCUUUGGAAUUGCCGUGACCUGCUGUCAGUUGUCACCGUUUGCCACCUCACCAGCUAUUUUGAUUAAAAAAAAAAAGAAAAGCACCGCUGAGUCAGUGAGGACUCCAGAUCGGUAUUAAUGAGGCAUCAGAGUCAUUGCUAGGUGUUUUUUUAUCCUAAGUUAAGUGAUCAAAACUCUAGUGGAGUUGCACCUUUCAUAGAGUCUGGGUUUAACCCAGGGCAGGCAACUGUGUAGGGUGCUGUGUGUACCCAGAGUAGUGGAUUUGCAUUGUGCUAGAAAAUUCCAGCUCACAUUGGCCACAGGGAGGCCUCGUGGAAAGGCACCUGGUCAUUGACCCUACUUUGUUCUCAUUCUGGGUAUGUGUUUAUUGAGUAGAGUGGAGGGGAGAACUUUAAACUCUAUUUAAGUUGUCUUUUUUUGGGGGGGGAGUAAACCAGCCCCCCAUCUACACCCCCAUGGCCAUAUGCUUCAGUUAGUUGUGAGGAGGGUGCAGCUCCUUGUCUGUAGAUCUUAUUUCAGGUGUUAUAAGCACAUCUAAGUGAAUCCCAUAAUUCUGGGUUGUAAUGGCUUUAGACUCAUCUGUGUUUGAAGGGCUUUUUCAUUUUGAGUCAUGAAGGUACAUCAGACCAACUUCAAUACCCACAAGUCUUCCCUCCCGCCCCCCUGCCAAGGUGGGCUUUUUCCAUCAGAGCUGGGUGUGUCACCAAAUAGCUUCUUAUUCUGAAGGCUGCGGUGUUUCCCACAGGUUCUUGUCUCCUAUUUCACUCUGAAAGUGAACCGCUAGGAUAGGAGCAGUGCUGAGUGGCUGCCGCACCCCCAGCCGGCUAAGAAGGCUCCGGACUCUGGCCCUGUGGUUCUGUGCAGGAAGCGCUGGGCGCUAGUAGGCUGGCUUUUUGCCCCGCUCUGAAGCAGUGAUGUGUGUUAUUCCAGGAAAUGGCUGUUUGAAAACAGCUCCUCGGUUUUCAUGAGGUUUGUUUGCGUGUACCUCUCCAUAUUUAAUUUAUAUGAUAACACAGGAGACGGGGAGAAUAUGAACCCCAGCUGUCACGUGUUCUGCUGUUGACCUGUGGCCACAAUAAAAUUUACUUGUGAAAUUUUAAAA